AUGUUCCCCAGCCCCGGCACGUCCACUCCCUUUUCUGUCAAGGAUAUUUUAAACCUGGAGCAGAACCACGACGUUCUGGUGUCUUCUCUGGACGUUUGUCCUCGCAUGGACUGCUCCUCCUCCUCCUCUUCCUCCUGCAUGAUGGCGCGCCUGAAGCAGGAGCCUCUCCAGGACCUGCAGGUCCCGGCCUCCUCCUCCUCCUCCUCCUCUUCCUCCUCUCUGUUCGGGCAGAAGGUCCGGGACUCCAAGGCCUGCAGAGGCAGCUGUGCUUCUGCCUUUUAUGGCAAAUCAGACGCGUUUGAGGAGAAACGGAGAAAAGAGUCCAGCGCUCCAACGGAGGCUGUGGAGGACACCAGAGGAGACGCGGAGCGCGCCAGGCCCCGCAGGCGCAGGAAGCCGCGCGUGCUCUUCUCGCAGGCGCAGGUGUUCGAGCUGGAGCGCCGCUUCAAGCAGCAGCGGUACCUGUCCGCCCCCGAGCGGGACCACCUGGCGGGGGUGCUCAAACUCACCCCGACCCAGGUGAAGAUCUGGUUCCAGAACAGGAGGUACAAGUGCAAGCGGCAGCGGCAGGACCAGAGCCUGGAGAUGGUGUCCCUGCCGCCGCCCCGCAGGGUCUCCGUGCCUGUGCUGGUGCGGGACGGGAAGCCGUGCGUGGCGGCGGACUCGGCCGCCUACAGCCCUCCAUACAGCGUGGGGCCCAUCAACCACUUCACUUACAACAACUACCCGGCUUUCAGCAACUACACGGGCCCCGGCUGCAACAGCAACUACCCCUGCAGCUACCCCCAGAGCGUGCCGGGCCCCCCCGGAGCCGCCGCGGCCUACAUGAACUUUGGGGAGCUGAACAAUGCGCAGAACUCGUUUUCUCCCAGUAACGGGGUGUCUUCAUUACACGGCAUCAGGACGUGGUGA